AUGGGGGGAGAGCAGGAAAAAGAAGGACUACGGAAGACAAGGAAAUCUAGGAGUGAAGGCAUGGUUAUUGGCAAAAGUAUUCCUGUAAAAAAAACAGAAUGUAUAACAACACCAGACGCUCUCCCAAAAAGUACAUCUGCGGCGCCUGCCUCAAAAGAGGCAGAUACUCCCGUAUCAUCAAGAGAUGAUUUGAUACAUAUUGAUAUUGACGCACCAACACGAGAACGUGCGCCUGGUCCAGAAAAUACUCGAGAUACGCCUACAUAUUAUUAUAUGCCGAGACAUAUUGAUAUUGACGUACCGACACAAGAACGUGCACCCGCUCCAGAAAAUAAUCGAUAUAUGCCUACAGAUGAUUAUUAUUAUAUGCCGAGAUACACAGACCCUCAAUCCUUAGGAGGGUAUAGAGGUAGGGGAGGAUACAGAGGCACACGUUACUCAGUGCCAACGCCAAUCACGCACAAACAAGUCAAAAACAUGAGAAAGAUAAUCCAAAAGGAGAAGAAAAAAGCUGGAAAUGUGCAAUAUACUCCCACAGGAUAUACUCCCGCACCGGCCGCACCAGGAUAUACUCCCGCACCGGCCGCACCAGGAUACACAGGAUACACUUUUGCACCGACCGCACCGGCCGCACUAGGAUAUGCUCCCGCACCGGCCGCACCAGGAUAUACUCCCGCACCGGCCGCACCAGGAUAUACUCCCGCACCGGUCGCACCAGGAUAUACUCCUGCACCGGUCGCACCAGGAUAUACUCCCGCACCGGCCGCACCAGGAUACACUCUCGCACCGGCCGCACCAGGAUAUACUCCCGCACCAGGAUAUACUCUCGCACCGGCCGCACCAGGAUAUACUCCCGCACCGGCUGCACCAGGAUAUACUCCCGCACCGGCCGCACCAGGAUAUACUUCCGCACCGGCCGCACCAGGAUAUAUUCCUGCACCGGCCGCACCAGGAUAUACUCCCGCACCGGCGAGAUAUAUUUAA